AUGGUCCCCAGCACCUUCGCCCCGUGGGCCGUAGCCCUGCUGCUCGCUCUCCUCAGCCCGGAGGCUCGGGGCCAGGAGUGCAACGGGCAGUGCCAGUGCGGAACGGGAACGGGCCCCACCUGCCCCGCCGGUGUCUCCCUGGUGCUCGACGGCUGCGGCUGCUGCCGCGUGUGCGCCAAGCAGCUGGGCGAGCUCUGCACCGAGCGCGACCCCUGCGACCACCACAAGGGCCUCUUCUGCGAUUUCGGCUCCCCCGCCAACCGCAGAAUCGGCGUCUGCACCGCUCGGGACGGCGCCCCGUGCGUGUUCAGCGGCAUGGUGUACCGGAGCGGAGAGUCCUUCCAGAGCAGCUGCAAGUACCAGUGCACCUGCCUGGACGGCGCGGUGGGCUGCGUGCCCCUCUGCAGCAUGGACGUCCGCCUGCCCAGCCCCGACUGCCCCUACCCGCGCCGGGUGAAGCUCCCUGGAAAGUGCUGCGAGGAGUGGGUCUGUGAUGAGGCCAAAGAGCAGACUGCCGUGGGACCCGCGCUUGCCGCUUACAGAUUGGAAGACACUUAUGGUCCAGACCCAACAAUGAUGCGUGCCAACUGCCUGGUGCAGACCACAGAAUGGAGUGCUUGCUCCAAGACCUGUGGUAUGGGUAUCUCUACCAGGGUCACCAAUGAUAAUGCCUUCUGCAGACUGGAGAAACAGAGUAGACUUUGCAUGGUCAGACCUUGUGAAGCAGAUCUGGAGGAGAACAUCAAGAAAGGCAAAAAGUGCAUUCGCACUCCCAAAAUCUCCAAGCCUGUCAAAUUUGAGCUGUCUGGCUGCACCAGCGUGAAGACCUACAGAGCUAAGUUCUGUGGUGUUUGCACUGAUGGGCGCUGCUGCACACCCCACAGAACAGCCACCCUCCCUGUGGAGUUCAAGUGCCCCGAUGGGGAGAUCAUGAAAAGGAAAAUGAUGUUCAUCAAGACCUGCGCGUGCCACUACAACUGCCCUGGAGACAAUGACAUCUUUGAGUCUCUGUACUACAGGAAGAUGUAUGGAGACAUGGCAUAA